AUGGAGGAGGAGGAGGCUGCAAGGAUGAGGAAGAUGCCUGGGGACACCCAGGCAGACAAGGAGCUGAGGAUGGAGACCAGAGAGGACAAAUGCCCACAGCAGAACCUUGUGGCAGAGGUUGUUUUUAGAUGCUCCACAGUGCAGGAACCCAAUGGGGAGGAAAAGCCCCAGAGAUCCCACAGGAGGAGGGGUUGCAAACCCAGGCCAGGGUGCUCUGAGGAGGACAGACCCACCCUGUGCCAGGAAGGUGGACAGACUUUCAGCCAGAGCUCAGAGCUGGUGGUUCAUGAGCAGCUUCAUGAUGGGGAGAAGCCCUACAGAUACUUGGAGUGUGGGAAGAGUUUCAGGCACAGCUCUGACCUGAUCUGCCACCAGAUGAUCCACACUGGGGAAUGGGCCUACAAGUGUGGGGAAUGUGGGAAGGGCUUCAGCUGCAGCUCAAAACUCAUCGAGCACCAAUGCAUCCACACUGGGGAGAAGCCCUGCAAGUGUCCCCAGUGUCAGAAGAGGUUUCACACCAGCUCUGAUCUCCUCAAGCACCAGCAGAUUGACACAGAGAAGAGGCCCUUCUGCUGCCCCCACUGCAGGAAGGGCUUCAAGGAAAACUCCACCUUUGUCAAGCACAGGUGCAUCCACACCGGGGAGAGGCCCUAUGAGUGUAGGAAAUGUGGGAAGAGCUUCAGCUGCAGCUCUGACUUGAUCUGCCACCAGAUGAUCCACACUGGGGAAAGGCCAUACAAAUGUGGGGAAUGUGGGAUGACCUUCAGCCAGAGGUCCCAGCUGAUCAUGCACCAAAUGAUCCACACUGGGGAGAGGCCUUACGAGUGUCCCAAGUGCCAGAAGAGGUUUCACACCAGCUCCCAUCUCCUCUAG